AGUCAAAUCAAUAACAUAUAUAAAAGAGAAUUAAAAAGUGAAUUUUUAAAAAUUUUUGGUGACAAAAAUUCUAUGAAACCGUAAGUUUCAGCUCAGGAAGCAAGGAAAGGUUAAAGUGAUAUUAUAAUGUUUUUAACAAAUGUAUUAUUCAAAAAGGCCAAGAGCAAGACAAUAAUGGUUUUGAUGGAAAGUGUGGUCUCCGGUCACAAAUUCAUUGCUAUUCGAGAACGGCUUGCAGAGAAACUAGAACUAUUGAAGUUUGAUCCUUACAUACAACAUGAAAGUCUUUACAAGGAGAGGAAAAAGAUCAGAAGUAUGAAAUCAUCCUGAAAUGUUGGAAAAGUGUUUUAUUUAGGUAAAAUAGGAUAUAAAAAAGAAUGUUAUUUAAAAUCUUUUAAUUUAGUUAUUGUAGAUUAAACAAUAA